AUGAGUGCUUAUAUACAUAUUCCAUUUUGUUUAAAAAGAUGUUUUUACUGUGCCUUUCCUGUUCAUGUAGUUGGAUAGACAGAAGUAAAUUAAAACUAUUAUAAACAAUGUUUGGAGAAAUAAUAUAUUGGAUAUUUGAUUAAGGAUAUUCAAAAACAUUAUUAAGGAGAACCUUUAAAAACAAUAUAUUUUGGAGGAGGAACACCUUCUCUUCUCUCAUUAGAGAGUUUGCAAGUAUCUAAAAUUUUGAAAAAAGUUAAUAUUGAAUUGCUUUAAGAAAUAAUCAAAUACAGAAAUAACUAUUGAAGCAGAUCCGAAAACAUUCAAUGAAGAUAAACUUUAAGGAUUUAAAACUUUAGGGGUAUUCUAUAAAUAAAUUAUAUAGUUUAAUCGUCUCUCUGUAGGUAUUUAAUCAUUAUAAGAUGAGACUUUACAAAGAUUAAAUAGAAGUCAUUAAAGAAAAGAUAUAGAUGAUGCACUUGGAAUGAUUGAAAAAGUUUAUGGAACAUUUGAUAAUUGUUCUUUUGAUUUUCUUUAUAAUUUACCUACAGAAGUUGGACAAAGUUCACUUGAAGAUUUAAAAUGGUUUGUUGAACAAUUUAAACCAGGACAUAUUUCUGCAUAUUCAUUAAGCAUAGAAGAAGAAUCUUAUUUUUAUAAAAAAUUGAAUUAUAGAGAAGGUAUACAUCCUCUUCCUAAUAUUGAAAUUCAAACAUGCAAUUACACAAAAGUACAUCAAAUUCUAUAAUAAUAUGAUCAUUAUGAAAUAUCUAAUUUUGCAAAAUCAGAAAAGCAUAUAAGUUAACACAAUAGAAAUUAUUGGCAUGGAAAUAGCAAUUUUUAUGGAUUUGGAAUGGGUGCAACUUCUCUUUAAAAUUUAAUUAGGAUAACUAGACCAAAUACAUUGAAAAAAUAUUAUCAGUUUGUAGAAUCUGGAGAAGGUUGUUUAAUUGAGGAUGAAAGUUCUCAAUUUGAAAAAUAAAGAAUAUUAUUAAUGAGUAGAUUAAGAACUAAGUGGGGUAUAGAUAGAGCCUUAUUAUCAUAAUCUUUAUUGGAAGCUAUGAAAAAGUUUGAGGAAUACUUUAUUAUCAGUGAAGAUAAUAUCAAAUUAAAAAUUCCAGAGGGUUAUUUAGUAUGUGAUGAAAUUGUUGGUUACUUAUAAAAUAUCAAAUGA